UGACUCCGCCUACCUGUGCCAUUUAGUGCCACUCAACACGCGUUGCGACAGGUGAGACAUUCACCAUCUUCUCGAUGGCUUGAAUGGCAAAAGGCACCAGGAAGCUUGAAGGUCGCUGAGCCGCCGGGAAUCGCUUGCGUUACGAGACAACCGUGUGGUAUAUAUCACAUUACAUCUGCGGAGUGUUCCGCGUUGCCAUUCCAUUCCCCACAAAGGGGAGACCGGAGACGAAGCACAUACUCCAUGUGACGAGCGAUUUACCAAUGCAGCUGCGGUCCCGACCAGAUUCAGGUACCCCUUCAGAACUACAGUACAAAGCACACUCGCGCUGUACGGCGUGCGAUAAGCUUCAAACUUCAGGGUCGAUCCGAAGCUGCGUGACUUUAUCGAUGGCCAAACGCUGCAGAAUGGCGAAUCAAGGUGGACGCAUUGAACAAUGGCCUGCGCGCCAGCAACAUCCGUCCGAGAUCCGAGCAAAAGCCAAAGAAGCGGCCCACGAGGAAGCCGAAGGACUCGUAAGACGACGCAUGUGCACUCCUUGAUACGACCGAAUAUCUCUGUGAUCGAUGUGCGCAAACAGGCGAUAUUCGGUGAUGUUGGAGAGGCGGGGAGAGAUUGGCCGGUCCAACCUCCUCGGACACGGGGUGGUGACGGCAAGCAACAGCAGGCAGACGCGUAGUAGGCCGGAUGCCGUCAUGGGCGGUGAAGCGGAACUUCUGAACGUCGGCGGAGGCGAUGGAACGUGGGGCACGAUGCAAAACGGCGAGCAGAAGAGGGGGCGAGAGGCGCGAGGACGGAAGCAGAAUACACGGAUCGACAAAAUUAUGUAGGCGUGCCGGCGGACCCCGGAUAUUUUAUGCGGCCAUGGGCCGUCGCGACAUAUCAACAAAGGCAUCCGUCCGGUUGGCCGACAACGGUUAUUUUUCUUUCAAGGCUCCUCCGCUAGCCCUACCGUAGCCAGCCAGCCAGGACGCGCCAAGAUGCACCCGCCAGCCGCGAUGGACUUCGAGCUCGCCAUGGGCCGCGACAGCAGCGUGCAUAACCCGCCGGGGAUCGACCAUCUCACCGUCGAUCCCGACGAAGUCCGGCCCAUCUUCCUGCGCGUGCACAACGUCAUGCGUAUGCGGGACGCCUCGCGACGCCAUUGGGACAUCGUAUUCUACGUCGAGGCCAAGGACUGGUUCCAGCCCUCGUUCGUCGGCCAGCGCGCGAUACGGCAGAUGCACUGCGUGAAGGAGAUCGGGAUGGACCACUACACCAACUGGGGCCCGAAGACGCAUUCGAUGCUCGCAACGCCGGUGCACCGGCAGGCGUACGAGGACGACGUGCGGGAGAUUCAGGUCGGAGUGUUGAGCUUCGAUGAAAGGAGGAUGCUCGAAGAGAUAUCUACGAAGACCGCGGUUCGUCAUCCGGGCGGGAUCUCGCUCAACGACCAGGCAUGGGCAGAGGCGGUCUUGAAGACUGGGGUGGCGCAGGGGAUUUUUGAGGAAGAGGACGUCGAGCGGGCGUUAGCGAACGCACGCAGCCUGUGACGGGCUUUAUAUGGCGGACUUAUACGAGAUGCCAAUGAUGUUGCUAAGAGAACGAAGUGUCUGGGUGGCCAAGCUUCACGGGGCGGAUGCCGGUCUAGACCCACCGACCUUCGUUCUCCACAAAGAUCGUACUCCGACUCGUCUAUGCCCGCUUCUCUCGGUUCUGGGUCUUCGCUAUCUGAUCAUCCCUGCUAUCCUCACGCUUUCAUCGCAGCAAUUGCCUAUGCUUAUAUCCUCACCCACGUUCACAUUUACAUUCAACUCACC